AUGAUCUCGAGAUCUGCUGUCACGAGGGGAACUCAGCUUGCCCUCCGCCGGCAAGGCUGCGCCUUUGCUCAGCGACGCGGUUAUGCUGCCGCCGCGGCAAUUGGUUCAGAGUCAGGAUCGUACGAGCCGACAGACAUUGCCGGCAUCAAGGUCGCCCACAAGGACGCCCACGGCCCGACCACGAAGCUCGCCGUCGUUGCUAAGGCCGGUACUCGAUACCAACCCCUGCCCGGCCUGACAAUUGGUCUGGAGGAGUUCGCUUUCAAGAACACCCAAAAGCGUUCUGCACUGCGAAUCAACCGAGAAUCCGAGCUUCUGGGAGGCCAAUUGAAUGCUUUCCACACCCGUGAGGCCCUCGUCCUCGAGGCCAGCUUCCUCAAGGAGGAUCUCCCUUACUUCACCGAGCUGCUGGGAGAGGUCCUGACGCAGACCAAGUACACCACCCACGAGUUCCACGAGAACGUCGAGAACAUCAUCCACCUGAAGCAGGACAAGCUUGCACACGAUGCCUCCGCCCAGGCCCUGGAUGCUGCCCACGCCGUUGCCUUCCACAGCGGCCUCGGCGCACCGCUGUACCCCCUUGCCAACUCUGCUCUGGGUAGCUAUCUGAGCGAGCACUCUGUGGCUGCCUUCGCCGAGGCUGCCUACGUCAAGCCCAACAUUGCCCUCGUUGCCGACGGUGCUUCCCAGAGCGCCCUGGCCAAGUGGGUUGAGCCCCUGUUCAAGGGUGUUGCCUCUUCUUCUACCAGCCAGCUGUCCCUGAACACUGCUGCUUCCAAGUACUACGGUGGUGAGCAGCGUGUCGCAAAUGGUUCUGGCAACUCGAUGGUCAUCGCUUUCCCUGGCGCUGCUCUGGGUGCCUCCAAGCCCGAGACCGCCGUUCUCAAAGCCCUUCUGGGUGGCCAGUCCAGCAUCAAGUGGUCUCCUGGCUUCACUCUGCUUGCCAAGGCUGCUGCCGCUGCCCCUGGUGCUUCGGUCUCUGCCUCCAACUUCGCCUACUCCGAUGCCGGUCUGUUCGCUAUCCAGAUCAGCGGUUCCGCGUGCGCCGUCCGCAAGUGCGCCGAGGAGGCCGUCAAGGCCGUCAAGAGCGUCGCGGAGGGCGGUGUUAGCAAGGAGGAUCUGACCAAGGCCAUUGCCAAGGCCAAGUUUGAUGCCCUGACCGCCCAGGAGCUGAGUGGCGCCGGCCUGGUCGCCGCCGGCACCAGCAUCAUCCACGGUGCCCAGCCCUUCAAGCCUGCCGAGGCUGUCAAGAGCUUCGAUGGUGUUACUGCCGACAAGGUCAAGGCUGCUGCCAAGGCCCUGCUGGAUGGCAAGGCGUCCGUUGCGACUGUUGGAGAUCUGUAUGCUCUGCCUUACGCGGAGGAGCUUGGGCUGAAGGUAUAA